AUGAACGUUUUUCCCUGCGCCUUGACAAACAUAAAUGCUGACAAAAGAGAGGAACGGCAAAGAGCGAAAAUAGGGGAUCGAAUUUACAAAUACUCUGAUGAUGGAAGCUCGGCGCUAGAAUUUAAUGUUUCUGGAGAGCGAUUUCGCGUGAAUCGAAAUCUUCUAGAGAUGUUGCCAGAAAGCACUCUUGGGAACUUUUAUAAAAGAGAAGUUUAUUUCGACGCGAAAAGAAACGAGAGAAUUGAAGAAUGGGGGAUGGCAACCCUGCCGGAUAUGCCGGAGAGAAUUCAAAGAUAUUUAAUAAGGGCGCAUCUAAAAUGGUGGAGUUUGCGCCUCCAAGCUGGCGGCAAUGUCGAAAAACAGCACGAAUACAAAGCGAAAAUGGUCAAAAUCUUCCGCGAAAACGAAAAGAUCGCGGAAGCAACUGAAGAAGCAAAAGAACAACACUACGAAGUCCCAACUGAAUUUUUCAAACUUUCACUUGGACGAUGGCUGAAGUACAGUUCGUGCUACUGGCCAAGAGGUUGUGAUAGUUUGAACGAUGCGGAGGUAGCCAUGCUUGAGAAAAUUUGCGAACGCGCUCAGAUAAAGGAUGGUCAACAUGUUUUGGACCUUGGAUGCGGAUGGGGGAGUUGUGGGCUCUAUCUUCUAAAGAAAUACCCGAACAUUCACGUGACGUUUUUUUCCAACUCGCGAACUCAGCAGGAGCACAUUCGAAAUGAAGCAAAGAAAGGUGGAAACUUGAACAGAAUCAGGUCGAUCACUGGUGAUGUCAAUGUCGUUGAUGUCGUGGAUGAAAAUGGAAAGACAAUCGAAUUCGACAGAAUUGUGACAAAUGAAAUGUUCGAACACAUGAAAAACUACGAUCGUCUUUUCGAAAAAGUCUCAAAAUGGCUCAAACCAGAAACUGGCCUUCUCUUCAUCCAUGUAUUCUGCCAUCGAAACUUUCCGUACCAAUUCAAAGUGAAAAAAUCAAAUAAUGCCGAUUGGAUGGCGAAAAACUAUUUCACUGGCGGAAGUAUGCCAUCUUUUGAUACGUUCCUGUUUUUCCAGAGAAAUUUGAGGAUUCAGAAUACCUGGAUGAUGAACGGAACUCAUUAUUCAAAGACUCUAGAAGCGUGGCUACAACUGAUGAAAGACAAGAAGGCCGAAAUUUCUUCCAUUUUUGCAAAGGAAUAUGGCCCGAAAGAAGUUCAAAAACAACUCAAUAAUUGGAAAUUAUUUUAUAUCAUGUCCAGCGAAGCAUUUGCAUACAACAAAGGAAACGACUGGUGCGUUGCGCAUUACACAUUCAAGCGAAACUAG